CUACGCGCGCCUCGGCAGAUAUGUAUACGUGCGCCUCGGCCAGAGACAGAGGACGCCUCUUGCGCGCCGCGCGAACCGGAACGACAUGGUGUCACCUCUGACGCUAACGUCGCGCAAUGGAGUUUGUUUGGUGUCCGCAGUUUGACAUAUAAAACAAAAGUUAGACUCCGGUUUGAGGUCACGGUGAGCGCGAACGACCCGACACUUAAAAAAAGGAGGAGAAAAUAUGAAACGAGACGUCCGGAUACUGUUGCUGGGGGAGCCUCCUCUCACCUCCCGCAUCUGGUCUCUCCCAACAGCCAAAGUGGGCAAGACCUCCCUCAUCAUGUCCCUGGUCGGGGAGGAGUUUCCGGAAGAGGUCCCCCUGAGAGCAGAGGAGAUCACCAUACCUGCUGAUGUCACGCCGGAGAAGGUGCCCACGCAUAUUGUGGAUUAUUCAGAGAGUGAGCAAAGUGAUGCGGUUCUGAAAGAAGAGAUCAUCAAGGCAAACGUGGUGUGUGUGGUGUAUGAUGUCACCAAAGAGGACACAAUAGACAAGAUCAGAACUAAAUGGAUCCCUUUUGUAAAUGGAGAUGCUGAAAAGGGGAACAAGGUUCCAAUCAUCCUUGUGGGGAACAAGUCAGACCUGCGCUCUGGGAGUUCAAUGGAAACCAUUCUACCAAUCAUGAACCAGUUCUCUGAGAUUGAGACAUGUGUAGAGUGUUCUGCAAAGAACCUGAAGAACAUUUCCGAGCUUUUUUACUAUGCCCAGAAGGCUGUGCUGCACCCCACUGCCCCUCUAUACGAUCCAGAGGACAAACAGCUGAAACCUCUGUGUGUCCGAGCUCUCAGCCGAAUCUUCUGCAUCUCUGACCAGGACAACGACCGCAUCCUCAGCGACAACGAGCUCAACACCUUUCAGAAAUCUUGUUUUGGUAACCCGCUGGCACCUCAGGCCCUGGAGGAUGUGAAGACUGUGGUUUGGAAGAACACCAGCGAUGGAGUACAGGACAACGGCCUCACACUCAAUGGUUUCUUGUUCCUGAAUACAUUAUUUAUCCAGAGGGGUCGGCAUGAGACCACAUGGACGAUCCUGAGGAAGUUUGGUUAUGAUGACACGCUGGAGCUUACAGACGACUACCUUUACCCACAGUUACGGGUUCCCGUGGGCUGCACCACAGAGCUCAACCACUUUGGUCACCAGUUCCUCCAGAGGCUGUUUGAUAAGUACGAUGAGGAUAAGGACUCUGCCCUGUCUCCCACUGAGCUAAGGAAUCUCUUCUGUGUUUUUCCCUACAUGCCUUGGGGUGCUGAGGUUUACUCAGCCGUGCCAACCACAGACGAAGGCUAUAUCUCUUAUCAUGGCUACCUCUGCCAGUGGACGCUGUCAGCAUACCUUGAUGUCCACCGGUGCCUGGAGUAUCUAGGAUAUCUAGGCUACCCCAUCCUCACUGACCAGGAGUCACAGACUGCAGCCGUCACAGUGACAAGGGAGAAGGAGGUGGACCUGGAUAAGGGUCAGACCCAGAGGUCGGUCUUUCUCUGUAAGGUGAUUGGACCACGAGGGACAGGAAAAACAGCCUUCCUUCAGGCCUUUGUGGGCCGAAACCUCACGAGAACUGGAAGUUCCAACGGUGCCUUCUCUCCCUACACCAUAAACACUAUUCAAGUCAGCAACCAGGAGAAGUUCCUCAUUCUCUACGAGGUGGACGUGGAGACGGAGUUUCUCAAGGCGUCGGACGCCUCCUGCGACGUGGCCUGUCUGAUGUAUGAUACCAGCGACCCACACUCCUUCGACUACUGUGCCAGCAUCUACAAGCAACAUUACAUGGAGAGCAGCAUCCCGUGUGUGCUCGUGGCCUCCAAGGCAGACCUGCCCCAGGUGAAUCAGCUCCACGGGAUGACCCCUGCCGAGUUCUGCUACAAACACCGGCUGCCUCCACCCAUACCCUUCUCCUGCCUGUUCCCAGAGUCCACCAACAGGAACGCCUACACCAAGCUGGCCUGGGCCGCCAUGUUCCCACACCUGAAUGGUUCGGACAUGAGCAGCACGUCUUUCUGGCUAAGGGUAACGUUGGGAGCGGCGGUAGUCACGGUCCUGGGCUUCGCCAUCUACAGAGCCAUCGCCAGGCAGAAAUGACUGGACAACGAGCCUGACCCUCUGGCCUUUAAGACCAAACCUCCAAGACUUGUUCCAGUCCCACCUCAUUGUUUGCACCGUACGGACAGACGGACUCCAAAGUAAUUUCAUCAUAAAUCCCCAGGAACUUUGGUCUCUUCCCAGAAUCAUCUGCUCCGUAAACCUCUAUUCCUGCUCUGUUUCUGGCUUCCUGAUGUACCCUCUGACUCACUCUGUGCUCAUAAUCUGAAGGCAGCUGGAAGCCAGAGGUUGUAUGUCGACCCCCUCCCUUCUCUGCUCUGCCUUAUGUAGUCCAAGCAGGCUUAGCAGGAGUUCGCCUCCCUGCACGCAGUGCAUUGCUAAGCAAGUAGCUGCUACGUUAGCAUCUAAAUGGGUGCUUUUACAAAGGAGAGGAACUAUUAAGAGGAUGUGGUGUCACACCUCUAUCCUUGCCCACUCUUGUCUCUUGAGUAUUUAUGAUGAUUGGGGGGGAAUUUUCCUUCUGUAUGCAGUUUUUCCUAAGCAAAGUAGAAAAAAAUGCCAAAUUGUGAAUUGAGGAUCACAAUGUAUGACUGACUCUUCAAAAUGGCAGCAUGAAGCAUUUUCAAAGAUCUUUAUUCCAAAUCGGUUGGGAAGGUGUCCAAAGACUAGGCGUUGCUGUUUUUCCACGCUCAAAUCUCUGAAAGCACGUGUCAGAAGCCGCUGACAUGGUGUUGUCCACUGGCAGACAUCCUACAUGGCCACUUCCUGGAGCUCUCCAGUGAAGUCAAGACCACCUUCACUUUGACCAAGAGAUGGUAAUAGAUGUUCAGAACUGAUUUGCCAAAUACAGACGCAUCUAGCAGCAGUGAUUUGUCCAAGCGUACUAUUUGCCCUUUAUCAGUUAUAAGAAUUAAUGAGCCAUUUGAAUAAAGUCACCAUUCCUUCUCAAGUCUGGAAAAUGUGGAAGUCUUUGGAAAAUAUUUUAAUCUUUUUUUCCAGACCUUGAAACCGAGACUUCCUGCACAAAUCUGCUGAAGCUUGAAAAUCGUCUUGUUCAACUCUUAUACACGAUUGGCUAAGAAUAUAUAUAGCUGCAGACCUCAGUGACAUUUCAUUUACAUUUGCAAAUUUUAUUUUUUUGUGAAGAAAAAUCAUCAACUAUGGUGUCAUAUGACCUGAUUAACACUACCCUACUACUGUCAACCUACAGUUUUACAGCACAGAUGGAUAAACGUCGCGGGAAAAAGAACGGAAAUGUCAAAUAGAAAGUUUAUUGGUGCCCUGUAAUCUGAUCAUAUUUAUUAUUUUUACCCAUUUUUUACCCCAAAAGUUGUAGCUUGGUGGGAAGAAAUGUGAAUUUUUACAUAUGCCAUGAAGUAAAAAACACGUUCUGGUCAUUUUACAAUCAAAUUUAUGUCUGGGAGAGAAAAGAGCUGAAGAAAUAUCUACCUCCCUCCGUCUCCUCCUGAGGUGAUUUCAGCGCUGGAAACUGGAUGGACAUCAAAUCAAACCAUUUCAGCGAAAUCAAACAGAUUGUGAGCAGACACCUUGAAAUAACUCCAUUUGCCCUUAAUAAUUUUUUUUGCCAACAUGUGACAGUUAUUCUUUGGUUGUUUUUUUGGGGGGGGGGGCUGCUGUUAUCACAGAAUAUAUUUCUGUGACUUGAUAUAAAUUAUGGCUUAAAACCGACUGAAAAAUGAAACCAAAUUAGAU